GGGUCGAAAGUGGCUUGAAUGCCCAAGGGCUGUCAGUCUCAACCUCUCUCGUUUUCACAACUUAUACCAGAAUGUGUUUUUUUUUAAUCACAUGCUUCCAAGCGGAAACUGUACAGUUUGAACAGCCCCAAGACUUUACCCCUGAUUGGAUUACUAACAACUGCAGCAGCUCCUUGUGAAACGGACACAGCAGCUUGUGUAAGGAACUUAUACAGACGUUGCAGAAAUUGCUUCUUCACCGACCGCUAGAGCUGUUCCCACACUGUGAGGAAUUGUCCAUUUUCUGUCGCCCUACAGCUUCACAAUGGAAGCUCCACUCAAAGGAAAAGUUGCUUCAAAGAUUGAGUUCCCACCCACAAAUGAGAAACACUCCAGACUUAAUAAUCUGAAGUUAUUUCUUGCAGCUUUGUCCUGCUUGUACUUUGCAAAAACGUUAUCAGGGAGCUAUAUGAAGAGUACAAUCACGCAGAUAGAGAGACGCUUCGAUAUUCCAAGUUCACUCAUUGGUGUUGUUGAUGGAAGUUUUGAAAUCGGGAACCUGUUGGUGAUUGUAUUUGUGAGCUACUUCGGAGCAAAGUUUCACAGGCCCAGGCUCAUUGCAAUUGGAAGUGUGGUAAUGGCUAUUGGAACUUUUUUAACAGCUUCACCUCAUUUCUUCAUGGGACGAUACAACUAUGAAACUGCAGUCACAUUUUCAAACAAUUUGACCAUGAUCACCUCUCAGUGCUCAAACACAUCAACAGAUCCAACAACCACAGCACCUGAGGAAAGCUCCUCAGGUUGUGAGAAAGCAGCAGGCUCCUCCAUGUGGAUAUAUAUAUUCUUAGGAAAUCUUUUGCGGGGGAUUGGUGAAACACCGACUGGACCACUGGGCAUAUCAUAUCUCGAUGAUUUUGCCACACAGGAAAAUGCUUCCUUCUAUAUAGGAAUUUUGUAUACGGUGGCCCUGAUAGGCCCAUUGUUUGGAUAUUUAUUGGGAUCGAUGUGUGCCAAGCUGUUUGUUGACAUUGGAUUUAUUGACUUAGAGAGAGUUACAAUCACGCCAAAGGAUGCAAGAUGGGUUGGUGCCUGGUGGCUUGGGUUUCUAAUUGCUGGUGCAUUUUCGCUCCUUUUUUCCAUACCAUUCUGGUUCUUUCCAAAAUCUAUAACCAGAGAGACAAGUAAAAAGGAACUUGGCAAAGCCUCUGAAAAGAUCGAUUUCCUCAAACUGGAUCAAAGUGAACCUGCAAGGAACAUUCCAAAAAUUUCACAAGUGGACCAUGGCUUCUUUUCAUCAUUGAAAGCACUGUUCUCAAACAGCUGCUACGUCCUGUACUUAGUGUCAAUGGUCAUACAAAUGAAUUCUCUAAUUGGGAUGUUGACCUUUAAACCCAAGUUCAUCGAGCAGCAGUAUGGCCAGUCGGCAUCCAGAUCCAACUUCCUCAUCGGUCUCAUAAAUAUCCCUGCAGUGUGCCUUGGAUUUUUCUUGGGAGGAUUUGUGAUGAAAAAGUUCAAAUUGAAUAUUGUUCAAGCAGCGAAGUUAGUCCUUGGAACUGGUCUUCUGGGCUGGUUAUUAACACUUUUGUUUUUUGCAAUGGGCUGUGAGAACUCUCGAGUGGCUGGUUUAACUGUCUCUUAUGAGGGCUCUGCACAGGUCUCCUACGAGGGAAGUGGCCUGAACCAUGACUGUAAUACUGGCUGCUUCUGCUCACUGACACAGUGGGAGCCCGUUUGUGCUGGAAAUGGUGUCACGUUUGUUUCACCCUGCCUUGCUGGUUGCAAAACAUCUACCGGAACAGGGAAGAAUACAGUUUUCCACAACUGCAGCUGCAUUUCUCCAUUGACUGCUGGGAAUUCCUCUAGCCACCUGGGGCAGUGCGCAAGGGGAGAUGAUUGUGAAAAAUCUUUCCGCUACUUCAUGGCUGUCACUGUGCUCACAGCUUUAAUUUUUAGUUUUGGAGCAGUUCCUGGUUUCAUGAUAUUACUCAGGUGCAACAAGCCGGAGCUGAAAUCAUUGGCAAUAGGUGUACACACCCUGAUAGCAAGAACACUUGCUGGAAUUCCUGCUCCUAUCUACUUUGGAGCUUUGAUUGACAAAACCUGCCUGAAAUGGGGAAUCAGCAGAUGUGGGGGACGAGGGGCCUGUAGGAUCUACAACUCUGAUACUUUCAGGCAUAUCUUUCUGGGCUUACAAGUGUCAAUGCGUGGAGUUGGCAUGCUGGUGUUUUUUAUUAUCUUAAUGCAAUUGAAAAAACAUUUUCUGGCUAAGAUCCCGAACCCAGAGACUAAGUGUGGUACUGAAAUGAUACCUGAACAGGACAAGGACCAAAAGUCUGAUAAUGGAGACCUCACAGUCAAAACAGCCAACAGUGACCCAGACAAAGAAUCAAAUGCUUGAGAAAGAACUUCAUUACCAUGUGUAAAGAGAAAGUCAGAGUAUUGCCAAUUUUUAAGUCAAACAUUUUAAGAAAGCAAAAGAUUGUUUUUAAUUAAAAUCUAAGAACCAUGAUUUUUGAAAAGAAUUUUCCUAGAUUUAUAUUAAAUUGUCAACUAACUGUGCUUUUAAAUAAAUGUCUAAGGAGGGAAUAAAGUUGUUUAAGAGAUCAA